GAGAUCCUCCGGAGCAGGAAGCCGCUGCCGGGACUGGCGAGAAGAGAGAAGAGAGGAGAAGAGGCACAAAACAACGUCGACAUCAGCCAGCGGCGGGGGAGCCACCAUAAUGUAGACCACAAACACACACACAGACACACACACACACACCCGAAACAGCCGUACGAGCACCAGCACAUGUCCAAGCAGCGGCGGUGAGACCCAAACGAGACAUUUUUGGGGUGUUUUUUUUUUUUUUUUUUUGCAUGUGGAAAAUGAAGGAGCUGAAGGGCUGCGGUAUGCGCUCCUCCGUGGGCUUUCUGUCCCGGAGAGAGCUCACUGGCCAGCCGCUCAUGAAGGAGGAAUUUCAGAGACGCAGGCUGGCCGGCUGCACUAGCCUCUACAAGAAGGAUAUGCUGGGUCAUUUCGGCUGUGUCAACGCCAUCGAGUUCUCCAACAACGGAGGGGAAUGGCUUGUGUCUGGAGGAGAUGACCGCCGGGUGCUGCUGUGGCACAUGGAGAAAGCCAUCCAUGCUCGGGCCAAGCCUGUGAAGCUGAAGGGGGAGCACCUUUCCAAUAUCUUCUGCCUGGCCUUUGACAGCACCAACAAAAAGGUCUUCUCUGGAGGUAAUGAUGAACAGGUGAUUCUUCACGAUGUGGAGAGAGGAGAAACUCUGAACGUGUUCCUGCACAUCGAUGCUGUGUACAGCCUGUCUGUGAGCCCGGUCAACGACAACGUGUUCGCCAGCUCAUCUGAUGACGGCCGUGUUCUCAUAUGGGACACUCGCGAGCCGCCACAUGGAGAGCCGUUCUGCCUGGCCAGCUACCCGUCAGCCUUUCACAGUGUGAUGUUCAACCCGGUCGAGCCCAGGCUGCUGGCCACUGCCAACUCCAAGGAGGGAGUGGGAUUAUGGGACAUCCGCAAGCCACGCAGCUCGCUGCUGCGUUACGGUGGCAGCAUGUCCCUGCAGAGCGCCAUGAGCGUCCGCUUCAACAGCACAGGCACCCAGCUGCUGGCGCUGCGGCGCCGUCUGCCGCCUGUCCUGUACGAGCUACACUCGCGCCUGCCCAGCUUCCAGUUUGACAACCAGGGCUACUUCAACUCCUGCACCAUGAAGAGCUGCUGCUUCGCCGGGGACAAAGAUCAGUACAUCUUGUCUGGGUCUGAUGACUUCAACCUGUACAUGUGGAAAAUCCCAAAAGAUCCCGAAGCAGGAGGCCCGGGUCGCGUGGUGAACGGGGCUUUCAUGGUGCUGAAGGGUCACCGCUCCAUAGUGAACCAGGUCCGCUUCAACCCUCACACCUACAUGAUCUGCUCCUCCGGGGUGGAGAAGGUCAUCAAGGUGUGGAGUCCAUACCAGCAGCCUGACAGUCUUGGUGACCUGGAGGGCCGUGUGGAGGACAAGUCACGCAGCUUGUACACGCACGAGGAGUACAUCAGCUUGGUGCUCAACAGCGGCAGCGGCCUUUCCCACGACUACGUCAGCCAGUCCAUACAGGAGGACCCGCGGAUGAUGGCCUUCUUCGACUCACUGGUCCGUCGGGAGAUCGAGGGCUGGAGUUCAGACUCUGACAGCGACCUGAGUGAAGAGGCCAUCUUGCAGCUCCACGCCCGCGGACGCCGCUCCACCCGGGCUGUACCGACGACUCCCACCGCCGCCUCGGCUGCUGGUCCUCACAGUGACUCCGACAACUCGUCAUCCUCCUCCCUGGCGGGCCCUGAUGCCUCAGGAGGGGAAGAGCAAGCUGGAGUAGAGGGGGAGGCGCGACCAAGGAGGCGAGGCAGACGUCAGCGGCACCAGUCAGGUUUCCUGCUGGACCUGGUGAACGAAGACUCCGAUUCCAGUGAGUUUUGGCUCGACCCCAUGCCCCGGCCCCGCUCCCCGAGCCCCAGGGACAACUCCACCCUAUCCAGCCCCACCUCCUCCCCUUCCCUCCCUGUUGGAGCCUCGAGCUCAUCCACAUCAACUUCCAGCUCCAGCAGUGAUGCUGAGGACGAGGAGCGCCGCAACACGAAGCGCAGCAUAGUGAGGCGACGCCGCAUGCAUGUGGUCUCCAGAGCUGGAGAGCGACCUGAAUCUGUGCAGGCCUUGUUUUCUGCAAUUGACUCCUGCAGCUACCCAUCCAUUUCUAUUGAUGACCCCUCGUCUUCCUCAUCUGGUGAGGGGCAAGACACCGUCCAAAUCAGACCCCGAAGGGACGCCCCCAGAGAUGAGGAGAAACAUCUGAGUCCUUCGGACUUUGUGUGCCCCAGCCCAGUCAUGUCCCCUGAGAGCCAAGAGAAUGAGGAGGGGAGUGACAGAGCUGAGCUGGAAGGACAUUCAGCUGCAUCUCCUUCAUCACUGGACACAUUCAGGACAGAGUCCCGGGCUACAGAGAGGGCUGCUCCAGAGCCUGCUUUAGACGGUUCUGACAGUGGAGAGGAGUGCAGCAGUUCGAGGGUUAUGGACAAAAACCGGGCCUCCCCAAGCCGACGUGGCCCUGGAGUGAACGGGAAACACCGAACUGCCACACCGGACGGGGGAUAUAUGGGUCAGAACCUUUGCAUCUCCUCAGAAUCAGAUGGAGAGACGAGUGUUAUGCCCGCAGACACCAGGCCUCAGAGAGAUGGGCCAUCCUCUCAAAGAGGCCCAGCACAGAGCGCUCUGAAACGGACUCAUGUGGGUUCGGAGGAGGCAGAGAUGGGGUCGUCGCCCUCAGAAAAGAAGCUAAAAACAUGAUGCCGCUUUGUCAGUCGGGAAAGUGGUUGUUUAUUUGUUAUGAGACUUACUUUAGGAUGUGGGUUUUCUAUGGGUUUUUACAACUCAGCUUUUUUCGUUUGGCAUCUUGGUUGAAAAGUCACGACGUAACACAUUUGGACAGACUCUGC